CAAAGUGCUGAGUCGGGGUGAAAGUGUUCUGGACUCGCUGGCAAGUCAUCCACAAUUUCGAUUUUGCAUGUAUAAACUGAUGUCCGAAUCGCCUGUAAUUUUAACCUUGUUUCACAGGAAAUUCCUCCAAUGUUCUGUACAGAGUACGGGCAUAAGCUGUAUGAAGGUUUGAAAUUGAGUGUGGGUGAUAUCUUUGAGGCGAGUAUCAAGUUCAAUCGGCAGUCGGAGGUGUUGCUUGGAAUGAAGAGAGUGUAUGAGACAUUCAAGCUUAAAGGCGGAGAAACUCUGAUUUUCGACUUCUCUUCUUUCAUAUAUAUCAUCGACACAAAUGAAAUGGAAGUAUUUUACCCCAAACUGAUUUUUCCCAAUGGUUCUGUUCUGUGUCCUUUAGAUCGUGCUUGUAAAUGGGGUUUGAAGUUUGUUAAAUUCAUGACCUGCAUGAAGAAAGUGGUGGACACAAUUGAGCCUCCUGAAACAUUUGCGGAUGCCUUUGGUUCUGUACUAAGACAUGAUCUUACAUACUGUCUGAUCAAUGGAGAUGAGGUCCAUGGUUUCUAUGAUUUUAACAAAAUAAGCUUAGAGGAUUUGGUGAAAUUUGCAAAAGAUAUGGCGUAGUUGAUCUUUCUUAUUUUGACAUGAUGGUACUAACCUAUGAUGGUAGGCGUAAAAUAUAUGUAUCCUUAUUUGAUACUAAUCAUGUUGAAGUAGUUCCUCCAAGACGUGAAGGUAAUGUACAUGCA